AUGGCCGAGAAACGCAAACAGCCCACACGCGCAGGGCGCGAACCUGCCAACAAGAAGCGUGCGUCCGAAGCGACCACGCCCCAAUCGAAAAAGAAAGCUGCGACACCAAAAGCCCCUACGCCUCGAGUACCAACUCCUCCACCCCCGGAGCCUGUCGAGCCGCCGCUUCCAUCGAAGGUUAACGAAGGCGAACCGUUGCCAAUCAGACGUGCGCGACAGCCAACUAACCUGUCGGACAACGAGUACCAGUCUAUCGCAGAAAGCGCGGUGCUCCUCUUAUCGCUGGAACGUUCGAAGAAAAAAUGGCUUAGCGAUGGUAUAUUAGUCCGAUUUUACACAAAACCAAAGAAAACUAAGCGCGAGCAAAUCGAGAAGAUGAAUCCUCCGAAAGAGUCCAUGGUCAAAGUUGGCCUUUGCGAUGUGACCGUUGGUCCUCAUCUAUUUGAUGCAAUGAUUUAUACCGUCAAGGAUCCGACAGUCCCGCAACCAGUCCAAUACGCUUCUCCGCAACCGCAAGCCAGGAUGGUCCACUAUGGGCCUGGGAAUAACUUUCAACAACACCAGCCUUAUCAGUCCAACCAACAACGAAGGCCACCUUAUACUCCGGCUCCCCCAGGCCGUCCACAAGGAUAUCAGGGAAAUUAUUCGCCCGCCCCUCGCGGUCCACAUCAACAGGGGCCUGCGACGCCGCAAUCUGGACAACGACCACAGUCACAAAAUCAACCAGGACAGCCUGCAAAGCCAAGUCCAGACCCCGUUAUUCAAAUGCUUGCCACUCGAGCUGCCGCCGAUCCUGAACUCAAGGCGCUGAUGAGGGUUGUCGCAUCUAGUCAGGCAUCCCAAGAGCAACUGCGUGCUUUUCAGGCUCACAUUGACGAACUCAAUGCGAUCAUCAAAGCAAGAGAGCAGCAAGAAAAACGUCAACAGGCUUCUUCAACACCUACUCAGCAGCCUCAGGCUGUACCACAACCAGCGACCCCUGCAUCCCAAAACCGACCUAUUCCCCCGGCAAAUGCGACCCCACUCAAAGCUGAUACAUCAGCUAAACCCUCACAAGAGCAAGGUUCCAAGUCACACCCCACGGUCACAAUUGAGAAUCCAUCCAAGGACCAGUCAGCACAACCAACAGGGCCAGCUAAACCGCAAUCUGAUGGACAAUCACCAUCUAAAAAUCAACCACAAACACCAGCACCAGCUCAGCAAAACCAGUCGUCUAGUACCCCUCAGACCUCUGGCCCAGUCGUAAAGCAAGAACCAAGUGCCAAUGGACCAGUGAGUUCCCAAGGCACACCCAUAGCGCCAGCAACUUCGACCCCGGCCGUGCUAUCAAGCACUGUCAACACACCAGGUCCUGUCACAGCCACGCAGCAAAAGCAGAGCCCUGCGUUGCGUCCCACGCCACCCGCAAAUAAUGUCCAACAAUCUACUCCCCGACCAGGUCCUCCCUUCCCUCCGUAUCAACAACCAGCCUAUGGUUCUCAACCCCCUCUCCAAUCACGCCCUCCACAAUAUGGCUCGCCAACACCAUACCCUCGUCCACAGGCACCUACAACGCUGGCACCUACACGUCUCCCAUACAAAUCCGUCGUUUUUGAAUUCACCUCCCCAUUGACACCGUAUGGCAGCAGUACUUCAGGCCAUGCCGGUUCCGGUGAUCGUUACUUGUUCCCUGAGUAUUCGAUCCUGGAAUGGAUCCAAAGCGAGAAUACCCUUCUAGCCUCAUUCCUUAUUGUUCGAAAGGUGGAUCCGAAUAUCCCCUUUCCCAUCGAGAUUCCAUCGGAAACGGGCCCCAGUCGGGGCAAGGGUAAAGGAACCUCUAAAUCUAAGAAAGGCGACAAGAAGGGCAAAGGAAAAGAUGCCCCAGAUACACCAACUCCUGGCCAAACAGAGACAUCUACAUCAACAGAUGUAGUUCCAAAGACUGAGCCCUCCGAUAAAUUCGAUAAACUAUCCGCUCAACCCGGCACACCUGGUACACCUGGUACACCCAGUGAACCACCUGCCAAGGAAGCGAAUUUAAAGGAAUACUGGCAACCCGUCACCUUCCGCAUACACGCCUCUGAUGCUCGGGUUCUCGACCCAUUAAGACGUGUUAUCAAGCCGCCAGAUGAAGUCCGCAAAUAUAUGAAUGAAAUCAUGGAUCGAGCUGAACGUGCUCCUGACGGAUUCCCAGCCUUGCGUCUUCCAACUGAAGAUGCACGCGAAGCGUUCGAGGCAGAGAGCACCCCCGCUUCGACCAUAAAUGCCAACGCUUCCCGCAACCGUGCUGCCCGGGGUAGCACUACCAAGAUCGAGGUAGAAUCGGAAGUUGAGAACAACCCUCUUGAAAUAGAAGAGGAGGAAGAGGAACUAUUAGAGUUUUACGGCGCACCAUUAGGCUUAGCACCUAUUGGAGCUUAA